AUUAUUUAUUAAAAUUCGAAGCAAUUCAAAUUCGCGUGGUCGUCUUUUAUACUUUGCCUUAUCUUUUGACGUCUCAACCUUUGCCAUCAAAUUUUGAAGAUAAAUUUUACAGAUAAUUCAAGGUAAUUCCAUGCGCAGUGGUUAGUAUUUUUAAUGGAUGCUAGUGGGAGUGUUCUUCAACAUUGGGCAGUAGACAAAAAGUGAUAAAAAUUCGAAACGUUCCCCCAAUUUAAUCAGCGUCCAAAAUCUCGUUUUCGCCCCCCCAAUUUCGAGAGGCCGCGAAGGGGUAAAAAGUGCGUGAAAAGACAGUCGUUAAAAUGUCAAUGUGUUGACAUCUUUUGUGCAGUGCAGUUUUUCAAUUUCUGUGAUUUUAAGAAGAUAAACACGAUGGAAGCGAUAGCGAAACACGAAUUUAACGCAACGGCGGACGACGAGCUGAGUUUCAAACGGUCACAAGUCUUAAAGAUCCUGAACAUGGAAGACGAUGCGAACUGGUUUCGGGCCGAACUCGACGGAAAGGAGGGUUUAAUUCCGAGUAACUAUAUCGAAAUGAAAAUUCAUCCCUGGUACUACGGUAGAAUAACCAGGGCGGACGCGGAAAAAUUGUUAUUAAAUAAACAUGAAGGGGCCUUUUUAAUUCGUAUAAGCGAGUCUUCUCCCGGAGAUUUUUCGUUAUCUGUUAAAUGUUCGGACGGCGUACAACAUUUCAAAGUCCUGAGGGACGCGCAAGGGAAAUUCUUUUUAUGGGUAGUAAAGUUUAAUUCGCUAAACGAACUCGUCGAGUACCAUCGCACCGCUUCCGUUUCGCAUUCUCAAGAUGUCAAAUUGAGGGACAUGGUCACCGAGGAGUGUCUAGUGCAAGCCCUCUACGACUUCACGCCCCAAGAGGCGGGCGAGUUAGAGUUCAAACGCGGCGACGUAAUAACGGUGACGGAUCGUACGGACCAGCACUGGUGGCACGGCGAGAUCGGUCACAAUCGUGGACUUUUCCCCGCCACGUACGUUACCCCGUAUCAUACAUAAAAAAUAGUUGUCCUUUAAAACAGUUCAGCAUUCUUGUGGUCAGUUUUGACGAAGGAAGUAUUUUUUACAGUUUUUUAUGUAUUAAUUACUCUCGCUUACAUUUUGUGAUUAGCAACGGUUUAAUAUGCAUAUAUUCUUUGUUGUUAAACCAUUUGUGUGUCGAAUACUUGGAGACGUUUAGUGAAAAUAUUUGUGACCAAAUUACGUUUAGCAAAUAAUCCGCGCUGUACGAUAAUAUGAUUGGUGGUUAUAAUACUUUUAGGUUAAAACAUUGCUCAUUAUUUCACGCUUUGUGACUUAGUAAAUUAUAUUUAAAAGAAAAAAAAAAGAUAAAAUAGUCUCUGCAUAUUUUUGUAACUUAACUUUCCUAUUACUACUUAUAUUGAGUGAUCCUGAAAAAUGGUUGUAAACUGAGACGUUUUCCCCGAACUUGCCACGACAAAUGCACGUUUUUGUUUUAAAGACUGAUGGACAUUACCGGCCAUUUUCCGAGAUCACAUCAUAUAUAAUUUAGAUAGUGUGUAAUUGAUCGUGAAGGCUGGACGGCGCCACGAUAUAUCCAUGUUACACAAAUUUUAUAUCUGAUGACGUAAAUGUCGUAAAUUAUCCAAUGGGAAACACAGUACGGUGUUGUGAAAUGAUCGUUGGUUUGAGCAAAAUCAAAUAUUUAAUUGUCAACUUAAAUAAAUUUUGUAUUGUUUGCAUUGAGCAAUAACAUAAUUUACAACGAACGUUUCUUACUCUGUGGCGAUUUUAUCUUUUUGGUAAUAAAAAUGCAUUCGAUAUUUCAUCAAGAUAUAAUGAUACAGAAUUUAUUUAUAACGAAACCAUAUAAAGGGGUCUACGGAAUAUACUCAAAUAUAAUUGACAUUGU